AUCCUCCAAGAACUGACAGCAUGACCUAGUUUUUUGACGGAACUAAAAGAGUUAGCUUCUAUAUAAAUAAGAUUUUAGGGUUUCAAUAUUGUCUACCAUUCACGGGGGCGGCGCAAACAAAACAGUUGAGUCAUUAGCCAAGACUGUUGUACAUAUAUUUUUCUAGAAAUUUAUGUUUUGUUGGUUGUUCUGUUUCACUCUAAAUUUUCAGACCAAUAGCUUUUACGAAAGAAAAAUCGAUGCAACCUGGAAACGCUAAGCGAUUGUAAUAAAGCAAAAUGUCUUUUGUCUUUUACCAUUCUCUCGGUAAAGAUUUAUCCUUUUCUUCAAGAUUAGGCUGGUCAGGUAUAUUAGUACAUGCAAUGCACCAUGUAGUUCCAACUAUUAAGGAUCUACGAAUAUUUCUUUUUCUUUUACAGCGAUCGAAUCUGAAAGAUUACAUGAGAUAUGUACAAUACGAAUAUAUUUUAUAACAUCUUAACAACCGCACUAGCAUCGGCCAUGGUGAUACAGACGGCCUAGUUAUAAAAGUUUAUCAAGGAUUAUUAAAUUAUUUAACGAAACUAAAACUUAAUAUAUGUACAUUUGCACGUGGAUAUUUAACAUAAGAUAUAGGUAAGACCGUAAGAGUCAGAAGCGAGGAGAAGUAGGAAGAGAGAGGAUAGAUUAGAGAGAUGGACGAGAAGCUUGGAGGGCUAGGACACAUAUUGACGACGGUUUUCCUGUCAUCAUUCGCCGGAUUCUUGGUAAGGCCGGUCAUGACUGACGUCACCGUCGCUGCGGUUUGCUCUGGAUUAAACGAUUCAUGCUCUCUUGCCGUUUACCUCACCGGAGUACAGCAAGUGACAGUGGGACUUGGGACAAUGGUAAUGAUGCCGGUAAUCGGGAAUCUAGCCGACAGGUAUGGAAUCAAGGCAUUGCUCACCCUUCCCAUGUGCCUCUCUAUAAUUCCUCCAGCAAUAUUAGGGUAUAGAAGGGAUACAUUAUUCUUUUACACAUAUUAUGUGAUCAAGAUUAUCUUUGAUAUGGUCUGCCAAGGCACCGUUGACUGUCUCGCUCAGGCAUAUGUGGCAAAAAAUAUUCAUGGCACACAAAGAAUAUCAAUGUUUGGAGUUUUAGCAGGUGUCAGAUCAAUUUCCGCAGUUUGUGCAACAUUUGCAGCUCGUUUUCUACCCACAGCUUCGACUUUUCAGGUUACCGCUUUAUCAUUAUUCGUUGGCCUGGCGUACAUGAGAAUUUUCCUAAAAGAGAGGUUACACGAUGAUGAUGAAGAUGACUAUGAUGGUGGUGGUGAUGAAAGGAUGUUAACAGAGCCAAUUCUAGAAAAUGCACCAACAAGGACACAUGUCUUCUACAAUAAGUAUUCUUCUUUGAAAGACAUGGUCGCCUUGAUGAAGAAUAGCACCAUACUCGUUCAAGCAUUGGCCGUUACAUUUUUUGUUACCUUCUCACAAAGUGGAAUGGAGUCAGCUUUCUUGUAUUUUCUGAAAGCCCGUUUUGGGUUUAAGAAAAAUGACUUUGCUCAGCUCUCCCUGUUGGUUUGGAUCAUUGGUUCCAUAUCCCAGCUGUUUAUAUUGCGGAUAUUGGUUUCUGCCAUUGGAGAACGUAGGGUGUUAUCAACAGGGCUUCUUAUGGAUUUCUUCAACGCAGCAAUUCUCAGUGUUUCAUGGUCACCAUGGGUUCCUUAUGCCGCCACAGCCCUCGUACCCGGAGUGAUGUUUGUAAUGCCAUCUAUUUAUGGUAUUGCCUCAAGACAAGUUAGGUCCGCUGAACAGGGGAAGGUCCAGGGAUGCAUAUAUGGGGUAAAGUCAUUUGCAGAAGUCGUGGCUCCAUUUGUAUAUAGUCCAUUGACAGCAUUGUUUCUCUCCGACAAUGCACCGUUCUAUUUCCCUGGAUUCAGUCUUUUAUGCAUCGCCUUAUCUUUGAUGAUCGGUUUCCUUCUGAGUCUUCUGAUAAAAGAUGUUCCCUCUUCGUUAAUGAAGAAAACAAUUAGCAGCGCUUCAAACGAGGAAGCUUGACACGUUAAUAGUUCAUGAAGCUAUAUAUAUAAACUAUAUGUAUAUGCUGCGAGAUUUUUGUGAAUGUAAUGAAUUAAAAAAAAAAAUCUAUAUACUUUUAAUCUUACGACAAAAUUUUGUCAAAGUAAUAGCAAAACAUUACAUUUUGUUGAAUUUAUUUUUCCAACUAACAAAGUUCAUGAAUUUACUAUUAAGCAGAAUUCAAAACAAACUAAAAGACAAAUGGUACAAAUUAGCGACAG